GGAGAUUUCGCUGCGAUGGCGACGACGAUUCGGAGCUGGAACGGGACGCUGUGAAACUGGCCUUGGCACGGAUAUGAAAAAUGUUUAUUUGAUCGAGGUUUAUCCAUUGCUAAGCAGUUGCACGGGUCUUCGCAUGAAUCUUCGGCUUUUACACGCCAGUUAUUCCUUGUAUUGAUUUCCAUGUGCUACUUUUGAGAUAUUCAAAGCAGGAUCAGCAGGACAACUCAUCAUCCAUUGCUCACUGACUGUGCAUUGCGAUGGCUUACCUCAGACUGGAGGAGGAAAAAGUAGAUCUUAACUUCAAAAGGUUGAAGUUUGGGUCCAGAGACGGAGGCCUGAGUUCCUUGUUGAGCGACCCACACUCCUUCACAGGGGCCAUGGAGGAGGAGGGGCAGCAGAGCUUGGAGUGUAUCCAGGCCAAUCAGAUCUUCCCCAAGAAGUCCCCUGUCCUGGAAGAGGAAAACAUGCAGGUGCCCUUUCCUGAGCUGCAUGGGGAGUUCACAGAGUAUGUUGGAAGAGCAGAGGAUGCCAUUAUCGCUAUGUCCAGCUACCGCCUACACAUCAAGUUCAAAGAGUCCGUUGUCAAUAUUCCUCUGCAGCUCAUUGAGAGCGUGGAGUGUCGCGAUAUGUUCCAGCUCCAAGUCACCUGUAAGGACUGCAAAGUCGUCAGGUGUCAGUUCUCCACCUUUGAGCAAUGUCAGGAAUGGCUGAAGCGCCUGACUGGAGUAGUUCGCCCUCCCUCCCGCCUGGAGGACCUCUUCUCCUUUGCCUUCCACGCCUGGUGCAUGGAGGUGUACGCUGGGGAAAAGGAGCAGCACGGCGAGCUGUGCAGACCAGGUGAACAUGUGACCUCCUGGUUCAAGAACGAGGUGGAGAGGAUGGGCUUUGACACUCAAAACGCCUGGAGGAUAUCUGACAUCAACAGCAAGUUCAGGCUUUGCUCCAGCUACCCUCAACAGCUCCUGGUGCCAGCCUGGAUCACUGACAAGGAGUUGGAGAAUGUGGCAGCCUUCCGCUCCUGGAAGAGGUUUCCUGCUGUAGUUUAUAGGCACCAGAGCACAGGGGCUGUGAUUGCCCGUUGUGGCCAGCCAGAGGUCAGCUGGUGGGGCUGGAGAAAUGCAGAUGACGAGCACCUCGUUCAAUCUAUUGCCAAGGCCUGCGCUGUGGACAGCAGUUCCCGCAAACACCUCGCAAAUGGCAGCUACACUAACGGCCCUGACCUGCCUGAUACUGACUUUGAAUCCUCCAUGACCAACAGUUCAGAGGUGGAGACGUUGGCCAUCCAGCCCCACAAGUUACUGAUCUUGGAUGCCAGGUCCUACGCUGCGGCCGUGGCCAACAGAGCCAAAGGGGGAGGCUGUGAAUGCCCAGAGUACUACCCAAACUGCGAGGUGGUGUUCAUGGGCAUGGCCAACAUCCACUCCAUCCGCAAGAGUUUCCAGUCACUGCGUUUCCUCUGCACUCAGAUGCCUGAUCCAGCCAACUGGCUGUCUGCUCUGGAGAGCACAAAGUGGUUGCAGCAUCUCUCUCUGCUGCUGAAGGCAGCCCUGUUAGUGGUCAACGCCGUGGACCGUGACCACAGGCCCGUCCUGGUGCACUGCUCCGAUGGCUGGGACCGCACGCCCCAGAUCGCUGCACUGUCCAAGCUGCUGCUGGACCCGUACUACCGCACUAUUGAGGGCUUCCAGGUCUUGGUGGAGGCCGAGUGGCUGGACUUUGGCCACAAGUUUGCCGACCGCUGCGGCCACGGGGAAAACUCUGAGGACCUGAACGAGCGCUGUCCCGUCUUCCUACAGUGGCUGGACUGUGUCCACCAGCUGCAGAGACAGUUUCCAUGCUCCUUUGAGUUCAACGAGGCCUUCUUGGUGAAACUGGUGCAGCACACCUACUCCUGUCUGUUCGGCACCUUCCUGUGUAACAGUGGCAAGGAGAGAGAGGACCGUCACGUCCAGGAGAGGACCUGCUCAGUCUGGUCGCUGCUCCGACCGGCCAACCGCACCUUGAGAAACAUGCUGUACUCCUCCCACUCCGAAACCGUUCUCCACCCAGUGUGUCAUGUGCGCAACCUGAUGCUGUGGACGGCCGUCUAUCUGCCCAGCUCCUCCCCCACCACGCCCUCUGACGACUCGUGUGCCCCCUACCCUGUGCCCGGUGCCAACCCCGAGGAUGCGCCCCUGGGCAGACGUCCGAAGACUCGCUCCUUUGAUAACUUGCCCAGCGCAUGUGAGCUUGGAAGCUCGUUGGCUCCUAACCGGCGCUCCAGUGACCCGAGCCUCAAUGAGAAGUGGCAGGACCAUCGGCGCUCCCUGGAGCUCAACAUGGCCGUGGGGCCUGAGGGAGGGGGUGGCCCGGAUCAAGAGGGGCGGGCUAAUGGUCAGCCCGGAGCGGGGCCUUACUCAGACACAGUGGACAAUGAGCUGGACGACAGCCCCCAGCCUGAGGUCCCGCUAGCUGACCUGGGACAGGGAGCUUCUCAGGGCUCAUCGACAGCAGGAGAGGACAGCGAGGAAGCCGAGCUGUCUGUGGCAGCAGGUGUAGCGGAGGGUCAGAUGGAGAACAUUCUUCAGGAAGCCACAAAGGAGGAGGCAGGAGCUGAUGCUCAGAGAGAGGGGAGUGCUGGGGGGAGUAACACUGAGGGGAGUAACACUGACUUGGAAGUGGAAGCAAAUAUCGAGGAGGUAGAUCAGUAUGCUAAGGUCAAUGGGACUGAAAUGCAGACAGAACCAUUUUCCAAUGGUCACCAUCCAGAAAAUGGUCUGGUUGAGGCUGAGGAAGACAGUUUCUCACUGACCAGUGCUCCUCUGCCCACAGAGGUGGCAGAGCAACCAGAGGAACAGGCAGCAGAGGAGGCGCCACUUUCAGAGGGUCUGGUGAUGCAGCUUUUGGAGAACUGUUCUCUCCAGGAAGAGCUGAAACACAGACCCAGUCAUCCUGACAACACCAAGCCAGACCAGCCUGCGGGCCAUAGAACUAUAACUAAUGGCUUUGGGGAUGAGCCACCUGAAGCGGCAGAGGCUGUGGAGACAGCCUGUCGAGACCCCGAAUCUAACAGAGACAUCUCAGAGCCGGUGGAGCAGGCUGACAAGAGGGCCUCACUCAUGGAGAGCUCCACAGAGACUCUGACUGAAGAGGCCUGCAGCCGGCUAGAACUCCCGGCACAGCCGCCUGUCAGCCUUGGCCCUCAGCCCUGCAACGAAGGCAGGAGCCAGCACCCCUGCCUUAGGAAGGAGAACGGGCUGGAGAGCGAGGCAGAGCACGGAGCUGCCAGGACUUUAAAUGGGGGCAGCAAACGACCCUCUCUCAGUGCCUUUCAGUCUGUGAGUGCUGAGCCCAGCAGGGAGGGGCUGUGUAACGGUGAGAGCUCUGACGGGGAUCCCAGCAGCGGACCACAUUGGGCCAAAGUGAACGGGGAGCGGACCCUGCUGAGUCGGCAGGUGUCCCUAGCAAGCUGCAACUCCCUCAGCCUCCACCAUCGGGGCAGCUGCUCCCAGCACCGCUGUUGCCACGUCCCACUGGGCCGGGCUGCUGCCAGCCCAGAGCAACCGUCCCGCAGCCAUCUUGACGACGACGGGCUGACACUGCACACAGAUGCCAUCCAGCAGAGGCUGAGGCAGAUUGAGGCAGGCCACCAGAUGGAGGUGGAGACUCUGAAGAAGCAGGUGCAGGAAUUGUGGAGCCGCCUUGAGAACCAGCACCACGCUGGCUCCCUCAGGAUCAAUGGGGAUAUGGGAGAUGAAGUGACCUCAAUCACAGACUCGGAGUACAAUCUGGACCCCAACUGUCUGUCACGCUGUAGCACAGAGCUCUUCUCCGAGGCCAGCUGGGAGCAGGUGGACAAGCAGGACACUGAGGUCACCCGCUGGUACCCAGACCAUUUGGCAGCCCAGUGUUACGGCUGUGAGAGGAGCUUCUGGCUCGCCACCAGGAAGCAUCACUGCAGUGGCAGGGAGCCUGUCCAGGAGGUCUGGAACUGUGGUAAUGUGUUCUGCGCCAGCUGUUGUGACCAGAAGAUCCCAGUGCCAAGCCAGCAGCUGUUUGAGCCCAGCCGCGUUUGCAAGUCUUGCUACAGUAGCCUCCAGCUAAACUCAGCUCCUAUGGACCUGGAGCUGGAGAAAACCAUCACCGCCAGCUCCAACUAGGGCCGGGGGGACUGGGACUGGGGACUCGGGUGUAGCCUCCAGCCACCAAUACAGGCGCACCGCUGAAGACGAGCACAGGAGCUAUCCAGAAUGUCCCAUGGACUUUGUGUGCGUGCCGCAGAUAUGGACUUUCAUGUGUAUAUACAGAGAUUGCUGCCGUGGAGGAGCUGAAUAGCUUGUUGGCAAGAUGCCGAGCACUUUGAAUGGUGGGUGUGCACGGGGAAGGAAUGGGCAGGAAGUGUGUGUGUGUGAGAGAGUGUGUGUGUGAGAGAGAGAGAGAGAAAGAGAGAGAGAGAGGGAGAAAAAGCACAUGUUGACUCGCUUAGGGUUUGAGGGCAGUGUUGGGACUGCACUACAAGGCCGGGGGGGGGGGGGGCUGACAGGGGGGCAUUGGCAUGAGGAUGGACUUCCUGGUGCCUUGAACCAGGCAGGUAGAGAGGGUCAUCUCACUGUGCUGCUGGGACGUUUCCUGGAGGGCUGCAACAUUCAGAAGCAUAACCCAUCUGCUCUUAUCAACAAACCUCUGUGUACCAUCAUUACCCAAAUUGGACUUCUUGAUUCUCUUUGGACGUUGUAACAUCCGGAGAGAUGAGCGAAGCUGCAAUGUCCCGGCGUUAAACAGACAGUCCCUCAGCAUGAGAACGUGUCCCAAUACUGACCGGACGGCGACUGGGGGAAGACGUACCAAACUGUGGGCUGAAUCCCAACUCGGCAUUAUUUGCUUGCAGUUUAAAUUUUGACGCAAGUUGCACAUGCGUGUCGGUGUCAGUUUGAGUUGUGUUUGAUGUGUUGGGAUUCAGGCCAAAGUGCCAUGAGCAGCAGGCAGGCGGUUGCUGAGUGUCUUUGAACUCUCUCCUGAGGGUUCAGGAUUGUCUUAAAAGUCUACCUUGGCGAUCACUAAUGAAAAAUGCUCUUGGGAUAUUGAAUUGUUUUGCUGUGUUUUUGUUUGUGAGAAACGGUAGCCUCUUAGCAGUGUUAUAGCAAGUCAGUGGGGAAUUAAAUCAUUUUCCAAAAAGAAAAAAAAAAAAAAAAAAAACUGCAAUGGCUUGUUUGGAAUUCAAAGAAAGUCAUUUCAUUCCCCUUAGACUUGUGCAAGCAGGCUACCCGCGCUACCACGAGGCUCAGAAACAAAAGCAUGCACACACAAGUCUUAAGAGAGAGGGCUGCGUAGUGAUCUGUAGGCUUCUAAAUCUCCUCCACCUUCCCUUUAACAGCUGACACGCGCUCAGCUCUUCCAUGCUGAUAGACUGUUAUUACGAGCAGCGUCUGCCGCAAAGUGUAAACUCAUUACCUGCAGCGGUUUUGUCAAGUGUCUCGGCCGCAGGUUGUUGCUGGCAGACGCCGGCUGCGUAAUCUCUCCUGUUAACUCCGCCUUCACGCCCUUCACUCAAGAUGGCCCCCCCCUUUAUUACCUUACCCAGCAGGCACUGGGAGCUGGACGGUGUUAAAAGCGCACGUCAUUUUGCAGUUCAUCUUUUCCGUGCAGGUGAAAUCAGAAGAGACGUCAUGGUGGAAGUGUGAGCGCAGGAUACCGUACGCCAGGAAAGAGAGUUUUAUCAUCCACAAAGAGCUUUUACAGGUGCGAUGCGACACAACUUUUGACGCAAUAAGGAAACAUUUUGGCAGAGAUUUUGUUGAGUGUGCUACACGACCAUGAGCUCAGCUGUGAUUUCCAGCCGGACGGAUGAACUGUGAGGAAAAAGGAGGAAACCAGUGACAACUGAAGGGCUUCUUGGCUUGUUAGUAAAAGUCUGCAGCUCCACAUGAAAUCUGAUGACCCAGCUUCACCCCACCCUGCCUAACAACCAUUCAAUGACCUCCUUGCACACACAAACACACACACACACACACAUACACUUUUUUUGUAAAAUAAAUGAAUGAAAUAAUAUAUUCAGAUACGUAUAUAGCAUUUAAGAGAAAAUGUAUAGAAUCCUUGAAUAGUGGCUCACUAAAUUAGUCACCAAAAAGUUUUUUUUCUAUCUGUGUUUUCUUUUGUCGUUAAUUGCAGAAAAAAAAACUAUAUUUGCAACCUGUUGAAAACACAGGCUUUUUUUUUUUUUUUUUAAAUAGAGGAGCAGGGUGUCCUGUUUUGAUGCUGCAGUGGUUUUCCCUUUUAAAUGCGAUCCUUACUUUGACGUUAUUUAUUGAGGUUUUAUUCUUGAAUUGCUGUUGAAAGUUCAGACAAUUCAGUUGCCACAGGAUAAUCAGUGUUGGUCAGUAGUGGAUCUGCAGGGCCAUGAGAGGUGGCUCCCGUCUGCGGCUGCGGCGGCACUUGUCAUUUUAGGGUGAUUUAAAAACAAACAAACAAACAAAAAAAAACGUCUGGUCUCAGCCACUGGCCAGUGUGACUGAUCCCAACUUUGCUUCAGUCUGCAGCAUUAUCCGAUUGAAAUUUCAAGCACUGUCCUAGUCCUGGAAAAAACUGUACAAAAAUAAAAAGUAGACAGAUGCCAAAUUUACAAGGGCAGAAAACAGCUUCUCCACCAUUUAGGGCCAGUGUGAACGACCGGAGGAGCGACUCUCGUGACCUCUGACCUCUUUAUGACCGGAUCUCAAAAAUCCGACUGAAAUGACAAGUGUGGCCCACAGCCAAUGAGAUGCCUAUGCACUGAGAGAACAGUGGUCCAAAACAAGCAACCUGAACCCAGACUUAAGCGCCCACCCCACCCAACCACACACACACACAGACACACACACACACACACACAAAAACAAUUCAUCUACAAACACUACCUCUACUUUAUACACACAGCCUCUUUCACACUCAUUGAGAUCUCACGCUGCGCUUGUAGUUGCCGAGUGACGCUUUUACAGAUUUACAUCAUCAAGUAUGGCCUUUUUGUUGUUGUUAUUGAAUCUGUGUUUUACAGGCAAUCAGCUGGAGCAUUAAAGGUACAAUACACAACCGCAGACUAUGUUCAUGAUGAUCUUCUCAAGACUGCCAAUCUUUGAUUUUUUAAAAAAAUUCUUCCCCCCCCUUAAUGUUAGCAGUGGGCCUGCUUACACUUAGACAUUAGUUCAUUAUUGUAGGCCAGACAGUAUCUGCAAACGGCUGUUUGUUGUAGCUGGGAGGGUUUGGCCACAGUUUGGACUAUCACAGGAAACCAUUUGAGCCUCAGUUGAUUGGCACCUUGACACUAUCUAAAAUUUAAAUCCUCCAGAAGAUGUUAACUUUGCCCAUGUUGAGUUCCCUCCGGGCUCAAGCAAACAGCAAACCGUAUGUGCAGCUGCUGUCUGAAGAGAGUGUGGGGAAGUGUGUGCAGCGGCGGCCGGCUCGCUGCCCGUGUUUCUCAGCGCCCUUCUGUAGUGUUCGACUUGUGUUUUUCAGUGGCUUAACCUUCACUCUUACAGGGAACCCUUUCACCCUCGUAACCAAGAUGCAGUUUCACUUUUGUUUAAUACCUGGAAGAAAAAAAAAGGUUGAGCAAGCAGCGUCAGGCCAGCCUGGGUGAGACAUGACUUGUAAAAACAUUGAUUUUCUUUCUUUCUUUUUUUUUUUAAUUGCACCAUUGUGUCAAGGCUGGCGGUGCAACAAAUCACUCCGAUGUAAAUGUAAGUGUAUUUUCAGGCUGGCCAGCAGCACUGAGCUCCCUGUAGAGUCCUCAGGCCUGACUAUUAGUUAUUUGCAGAUGUUUUAUUCAGCCAGGCCCACAUCUGCAAGCCCUUGGACUCUUUCUGGUCAUCGUCUCCCAAACUAAAGAACUUUAAAGCCCAAAAUGUUGAAAAAACAUCAUUACCCACACUUCUGUAUUCAGUAUCUCAAAAAUAAAGAGGAUUCAGUCUGAAAAGCAAAGGACUUAAUUCACUUAGACCUUCCAAAAACACCACAAUUUGUUUUAAUUUUGCGCCAUCACUCAUUUCGUAAGAAUAGGUGUCAUUUUCUUUUCAAUCGGAGGCUCUCAUUUUGGAAUGAAGCUUCACUUGGAAGUUUCAGACGGCUAAAUGAGAGCGUGGUCCUUCUCUAUCUGCAGUGUCUCUGCUGCCUUCCUGCCCCGGGCCCCCGAGUGUGAACAGGCCGGGGGGCGGUUUCACCCAGACACACUGACAGGCAACAGCAUGAAUCCUUUUUACUUUCACCACCAUCACAGGCGUGUGGGGCACCAAGCUUGUCUCCUUCAACAAUCCAUGAAUGUGAAAUGUCUAAAGGAAAAGAAAAAAAUAAAUGAAAUAAAGGACAAUUUUUUUGCACAUGACAUUUAAGUAGACACUGCCACAAAAUACAUCGAAAUAAAGCUGAAAAUGAAGGUGCA